AUGGUCCCAUCAAUUCGCACCGGCCAGUAUGGCACCUGCUCUCAGGAUGCAGACAAAAACUUGGAGAGAUUGGAAAUAAAGCCAACAGUUCAACCCUUUGCAGCUCGAAUUGGUGGCAAUCAGAGUUUGGUGUUGGAUCCUAAUGACGAGAGCAACGCGGAAUUGUUGAAGCGCGUGCCUGAUGCAGCACCUUUGCUUAGCAUCAAGAAAACUUUCAGUCUAAAAGCAUUCACCGAUAUCAGUCUCUGGAAGUUAAGCCUUGUUGAGUGUGAUCUAUGA